AUAGACUGAUGAGUUAUUGUCAUGUAAAAAGCGCCAGCAAUAAGACCAACCGCUUUGCUAUUGUCCAAGUGGAAAGAGCCAAGUUUAUUAUGAGGACUAUAUGCUCUAGAGACCUCAGGCAAGGCAUCUCAUAGGAGGCUUUUUCAUAAAACUAGGCUCUGCUGGUAGUAAGGAGGCCACUCUCGAAGCAGGCGUUGAGCUGUGCACAUCUCCCCACCACAGGCACCUUCUCCAUAUAUCCAGCUUUUAUUUCAUUUUUUCCACUUGGCUGAGCCAUCCAGAGCCUUUUCAAUGUAUAAAAUGGAAUAUUCUUACCUCAAUUCCUCUGCCUACGAGUCCUGUAUGGCUGGGAUGGACACUUCGAGCCUGGCUUCAGCUUAUGCUGACUUCAGUUCCUGCAGCCAAGCCAGUGGCUUUCAAUAUAACCCUAUAAGGACCACUUUUGGGGCCACCUCUGGCUGCCCAUCCCUCACUCCAGGAUCCUGCAGUCUCGGCUCUCUUAGGGACCACCAGAGCAGUCCAUACGCAGCAGUUCCUUACAAACUGUUCACCGACCACGGGGGUUUAAACGAGAAGAGAAAACAGAGGCGGAUCAGAACUACGUUCACCAGCGCCCAGCUCAAGGAACUGGAGAGGGUGUUUGCAGAGACUCAUUACCCUGAUAUAUACACCCGGGAGGAGCUGGCACUCAAGAUAGACCUCACCGAGGCGAGAGUGCAGGUCUGGUUCCAGAACCGCCGCGCCAAAUUCCGCAAGCAGGAGAGGGCGGCGGCGGCGGCGGCGGCGGCCGCCAAGAACGGGGCGGCGGGCAAGAAAUCCGACGCCUCCCGCGACGACGAGAGCAAGGAGGCCAAGAGCACCGACCCCGACAGCACCGGCGGCCCCGGCCCCAACCCCAACCCCGCUCCCAGCUGCGGCGGGGGCGGCGGCGGCGGCCCCAGCCCCGCUGCCGGGCAGGGGGCGGCGGGGCCCGGCGGGCCGGGGGGCGAGCCGGGCAAGGGGGCGGCGGGGCCGGGCGGGCUGGCGGCGGCGGGGCCGGGGCAGGGCUGGGCGCCGGGGCCCGGGCCCAUCACCUCCAUUCCCGACUCGUUAGGCGGCCCCUUCGCCAGCGUCCUCUCCUCGCUGCAGCGGCCCGGGGGCACCAAAGGCAGCCUCGUCAAGAGCGGCAUGUUCUGAGCGGCGGCGGCGGCGGCGGCGGCCCCUCCCGCUCAUUAGUAUCCGCCGCCCGCCCAUAGCGAUGACCGGGGGCCCGGGCAGCGCCGGGCUCCGCGGGGCAGGGACCCCGCGCCCCCAU